AUGUCUUUAUUGCGCAAGGGCGAUCACUGGAUCAUCAACUUCAGUGCCUUCUGGGAGACGCGGAAAUGGAAGAAUCGGUGGAAGGAGAAGUCGCUUCAAUUACAGGCGAAGAAGAAAGCGAGACACCGGAGGAUCAAGCCCUUCGAGGUCGCCACGAUUACCACGAGCAGCAAAUCAAGACUUGCCAAAUGGAAUUUGAGCGAGCAGAUGGAACUCACAGCCAGCAUCGAGAGAUCUACCACAUGCUGCUCAGAGAGUUCAGAAGCGAAAGAGAGGUCCCUCGAAGAGAAGAUACAAUGGAUGACCAAGACAUCCAUCGAUGGAUGCAACCGCGCUCGUAUCAAGAAAUGGCUGUCCGAGGUUGCCACAGACCCGGAGGUAGCAGUGCUGUCGAUUGAGGACACUGUGAAGCUGUGGAAGGAGCCUGGGUACCAAUCCACGACAAAGCAGAAUCGCAUGAAGGUUUCCACUGGUGCUGGUAUCUCCCGGAACACACUUGACGGCAACAUGAGCGUGGACGAUGGUGAUGAGGAGUGGGUCUUUGUAACUCGCGAGGAGACUGCAACGAUCCCAAUCUUUGGCUCGGAAUGUUCGGAUAGGACACCGCACCUGAAGAUAGUGUUCUCGGACAGCGCCAGCAUCUUCGAUGGCGACUUUAACUACCGUGGCGACAUCGAUAAAUGUGCGCGAAACUUGCGGAAUGGAUAUUACUGA